AUGUGGUCCAUUCCACAUCAUUUCCUGUUUGCCACCCUGAUCCUAGACUACUACGAGGAUCGACUUGAAGAGGGACAAAGCAUGCUCUAUUCCCGAGACAACACCAUCGUCUGGCUAUCUUUACUUGGCAGCCGUCUUUUCCAACGAGGUAUCGACGUCCUCCGUGACGCUGGGAAGAUUCUUGAAUUCGAGAAUGUUUAUUAUGCGGGACCAGGCCAAGUCGGCAUGACAACUGUAGACCCCGGCCUUCCAUAUCGAGACCGAUACUUUGAAAUCGCAAGCUGUUUCGACGAGGGACCUCUUAGGGACUCGGACAUGUGGCUUCCAAAUGAUAUCUUGUUUCGGACUGGUAAUACGCCCCAGCAACCGUAUUGGUCCAAGAUGCUAGCGGGAACUCAACAUUCGGCGGAUGAGAUGGUACCAGAGGGCGAGUUGGCGCUUUGUAGGUUUUGUUUCACAGCUCUUUUGCCGAGCUCGGAGUGCUUGACUCUGCCGUGCGAUCAUUGGUUUUGUAGUUCGUGCGUUUCUUCCUGGCUUCGUGUGCAUGAUAGCUGUCCGGAGUGUUGUGAAGAGGUGGUGGUCGCUUCCAACUAA